UCAGACAGCCUGCAGCUUUCUGGAAGGGCAAGUACUCCCUAUAUAAAGAGGAAGCUUCCCAGCUGAGAUAUUGGACCAGCAGAGAGGUGGGUGCUAUCAGUUGUCUUGCCCUGAGAAAGAAGACAAAGACCAGCAUGCCCAGAUUUUCUCUGCUGUUGCUCCUACUCUGGAGCCUGGGGUCUCAUGGCCUCCCAGUGGCUCCAGAAACCCAAGAGCAAGAUGUGGAGAUAGUCCAGAAAUACCUGGAAAACUACUAUGACCUGAAGAAUGAUGGGAAGCAAAUUGAAAAGAAGAGAAACAGUGGUCCCGUGGUUGAAAAAUUGAAGCAAAUGCAGGAAUUCUUUGGGCUGAAGGUGACUGGGAAGCCAGACACUGAGACCCUGAAGGUGAUGAAGCAGCCCAGGUGUGGGGUGCCGGAUGUGGCACGGUUUGUCCUCACUCAGGGGAACCCUCGUUGGGAGAAAACACAUCUGACCUACAGGAUUGAAAAUUACACACCAGAUCUGUCAAGGGCAGAUGUGGACCAUGCCAUUGAGAAAGCCUUUCAACUCUGGAGUAAUGCCUCACCCCUGACAUUCACCAGAGUCUUUGAGGGCCAAGCAGACAUCAUGAUAUCCUUCGUCAGGGGAGAUCAUCGGGAUAAUUCUCCCUUUGAUGGACCUGGAGGAAACCUCGCUCAUGCUUUUCAGCCAGGCCCAGGUAUUGGAGGGGAUGCUCAUUUUGAUGAAGACGAACAGUGGACCAACAAUUUCAGAAAUUACAACUUGUAUCGUGUUGCGGCUCAUGAAUUGGGGCAUUCCCUUGGACUCUCUCAUUCUACUGAUAUUGGGGCUUUGAUGUACCCCACCUAUGCAUUCAGUGGUGAUGUUCAGCUAGCUCAGGAUGACAUUGAUGGCAUCCAAGCCAUAUAUGGACCGUCCCAGAAUCCCAACCAGCCAAUAGGCCCACAAACUCCACAAGUGUGUGAUAGUAAGCUAACCUUUGAUGCUAUAACUACGAUUCGGGGAGAAGUGAUGUUCUUUAAAGACAGGUUCUACAUGCGCACAAAUCCCUUCUACCCGGAAGUUGAGCUCAAUUUCGUUUCUGUUUUCUGGCCACAACUGCCAACUGGACUUGAAGCUGCUUAUGAAGUUGCCGAUAGAGAUGAAGUCCGGUUUUUCAAAGGCAAUAAGUACUGGGCUGUUCAGGGGCAGAAUGUACUACCUGGAUACCCCAAGGACAUCUACAAAUCCUUUGGCUUCCCCAAAACUGUGAAGCAUAUUGAUGCCGCUGUUUCUGAGGAAGAUACUGGAAAAACAUACUUCUUUGUUGCUAACAAAUACUGGAGGUAUGAUGAAUAUAAACAAUCCAUGGAUGCAGGUUAUCCCAAAAUGAUAGCACAUGACUUCCCUGGAAUUGGCCACAAAAUUGAUGCUGUUUUCAAGAAAGAUGGAUUCUUCUAUUUCUUUCAUGGAACAAGACAAUACAAAUUUGAUCCUAAAACAAAGAGAAUUUUGACUCUCCUGAAAGCUAAUAGCUGGUUCAACUGCAGAAAAAAUUGAUCAACCAUUACAAAGUUCAAUGGAAAAAUAUAUUUCAUGAGCCCAAGAAAGGUGUUUUCCUGAAGAGCCAUACAUCUUUCAGUAAUUUUUAUACUCUAGAAUCACUGUUACACAGAGCUCUUAAGUAUAACCUUAUUUAUAUCUCACUCUGUAUAUGUUUUUUACAAUUUAGAAUGUAGUAUUUUAUGUACUGAUACAAUUUAGUCCCGCAAAUGAUGGGUAAAAAGGUCAAGUUCAUGGCUUAUGUAUUCAUAUGGGCAAGUGUUGGAAAGAAGAUUUUUCCCAGAGUAUGAACCUCUGAUCUUGAUCCUGUAAAACAGCAGCCUCAGUGAGGAACAUCUUCUUUCAAGAGAGAAAGAGACAAAAGAAGUCAAUCUUCACCAGAAGAAAAGCAGCUCCAGAACACUUGAGCAGUCACUAGUACCAGCCUGAUAGGCAAGGGAUAAUUCCCCUUACCCAAAAUAAAGUGUUUUAUGAUUGGAAUAAAGCUAUUCUUGUCUCUACUGUUUUCAUAAAUUUUC